AUGCUCGUAUCUCUAAUUGAUCCAAUUUCUGAUCUGGCCUCGCAGGGAGAUGAAAUCCCGAGCUAUAAAGAGUUCUCCAUGAAAGUCUUUUAUAUAUUUGAUGUCAAACGAGGCACGCGAUUCGAAUGCGAAGAAGUGCUUUUCGUAUCUGACGACAUCAUGGAAUCUCACUAUCGAGAAAGGCAUGAGUUAAACAAAGGUAAGUGAUCAGGAUGCGGGACAGAAUUCUCACGGCCAAUGUCGCUAACAAUCUGGGUUUGAAGGAGCCAAAAGAGCAGGGACAAUUGAAACCGACAUGACAUUCCUCAAACAACGCAACCUGAUUCAGUCAGUGGAAGUGGAAGAUGGCGUGGGCAAAAGACAUUAUCAUGUUGAAUUUGAGCUUGUGAUGAUUGUCAUUGAUCGCAACUUGAGAUGGGAGGCAAGAUACCCGGCUGGCGGGGAAGUGCCAGGAAGGGGGCAGGUCUCUAUCGCGUCAGCUUUUUGCCGGGUACUAGGUAGUGGGUUUGUAAUU